CAGUUCUGCUCGAACAUGGCGAAAGCAGUGAUUUGUGUGCUUCUCGCAUCUCUGUUUACCCUCUGUAGAUCUGUUCCAGUGGCUUUUCAUGGUGGCUCAGAUGCUCACUGUCCUCUGACGGUGAAAAUCCUGGACGCUGUUAAAGGGACGCCUGCUGGAAAUAUAGCUCUGGAUCUGUUUCGUCAAGAUCAAGGUGGGACAUGGGAAAAGAUUGCCAGUGGGAAAGUGGACAUGACUGGUGAAGUGCACAACUUGAUCACGGAGCAGGAGUUCACUCCUGGUGUGUAUCGGGUGGAGUUUGACACUUUAACCUACUGGAAGGCGGAGGGUCGCACACCUUUCCACCAGCUGGCCGAUGUGGUGUUUGAGGCUCAUGCAGAGGGACAUCGUCAUUACACACUGGCUCUCCUUCUGAGCCCUUUCUCAUACACCACGACGGCUGUGGUCGUCAAGGCACAUGACUGACAUCAUGAAACUUCUUUGAAAGAUGGUCCACAUCAACAGCUUUAAACCAAAUACAGUACAUCCAGAGUUCACGAUUAACUCCUUGCAAUAACUAAGUCACUUGAUUGCCAUUUCAUUAAGUAUUUAUGUAGGUAUUUGUGGUAACUUUUUGAUAGCUUUAAACAAGUUAUCACACCUGGUUUUCAUAAAACCAUUUACAAGUGGGAGACGCUAGUUAUGUUUCCAUCCAAAGAUACAAAUUUGACUUGUGCAAAACUGGAAUAUCAUAUAAAACAUUUGUGAAUAAAGCACCAUUUCGAUCCAAUGAGCAAAA